CUCCCAUGUCUGGAAAUACGUUCUAAUGGGUUAUCUGUUCAUUAGAACAGUCCUGCCAUUUAUUUUCAGAAGAUUCAUAAUACUUAGGGAAUGCUUCCUCCUUGGGCAAUUGCCUAUGGGUCGUGAAAAUAACGUCAUAAAUAACGACCAGGAAAAUUUUGUUCAUUGGUCCCAAAUUUGGGGUGUGUGAAAGGUCUAACAGAGAAGAUUUCACAUUCUGAGAAUUUUCCUGCUCAGAAGCCCACCUUUUAUACCUGACACCAUGAUCCACUCUUGCUGUUCACCUUGCUAUCAGCUUACUUGCUGUAAGACCACCAGCUGCCAGCCCACCAGUUGUGGGUCCAGCUGUUGUGGGUCCAGCUAUUGUGGGUCCAGUUGUUGCCAGCCUUGCUGCUACCGAAGUUGCUGUGGGGCCACCUGUUGCAGACCCAGCUGCUGUGGCAGCCCUUGCCAUGGGUCCAGCUGCUGUGGACAAACCUGUGGCGAGUCCUGUGGCUGCCAGCCUUGCUGCCACCCAACCUGCUGUGGGACCACCUGUUGCUGGCCCAGCUGCCACUGCCACCCUUGCUGUGUGUCCAGCUGCUGCCAGCCUUGCCCACCAGAGACCUCUUUCUUCAACCACUUAGCCAAAGCUUCUGUUCCUGCAAGAAACUUGCUUCCUGCAUUUGCUGAGAAACAACGCUAG